CGGGCUAUGUUCAGGAGGAAAUCCACAGCAAAAACUCCAUAAUCAGCAACUGCUGCAACAGCAAUCGCAGCCGCAACAGCAGCAGCAGCAACAGCAGCCACGGCAACAGCAAUUACAUCAUCAGAUUCAUCCAUCUCAUUCUGGAGGAAAUCGGAAUCAUCAGCAGCAGUUUCAAGAACAACAACGGCGGAGACAACAUUACCCCUCAUUCUGGAGGAAAUCAGAAUAAUCAUCAGAUGUUUCUAGAAGAACAACGGCGGAGGCAACAACUCGCUCAGCAGUUUCAAGAACAACAACUCGCUCAGCAGCAGCAAAAGAUUCAAUCAUCCUCCCAAACAGCAGCUGGACAUGGCAGCCCAAAACAUCACCAUGGCAAUCAAGCCUCCCAAACAGCAGCUGGACAUGACAGCCCAAAACAUCACCAUGGCAAUCAAGAACAACGACGGCGGAGACAACAACUCGCUCAACAACAAGGGCGGAGACAUCAACUCGCUCAGCAGUUAGUAGAACGACGACGGUGGAGACAACAACUCAUUCAGCAGCAGCAAAAGAUUCAUCCAUCCUCCCAAACAGCAGCUGGACAUGGCAGCCCAAAACAUCACCAUGGCAAUCAAGAGCGGUCGUUCAAGAAGUCGUCUAAAUCGAAGCGCAAGAUCAUCAUGGCUGUGACGGGCUCGUUCAUACUGCUUUUCUCCUUGUGUCUGUGUAUGCAUUGCUGCAGGGCAAGAUCUCGAAAGAUACAGCUUGAAGUCAACUACCGUGAGGCGGUGGAAAGUGGGUACCAGCCUCUUACCAGCCCGCCCUCUCUUAUGGCAGUCAGUGAAGAUCUUUUCAAGGCAACUUUCUGUGGUGCCAAGUCAUCAUUCCCAGAGUCUUACAUUCCGGAUGUCCCAACAAGAUCAACGUCAGACCAUGCGCAAGAGAUGGUCAUUGUUGAGGCUGUCAGACAGUCCACCAGAAGUCUCCUGAACGAGGUCCAGAGCAGGGGUAAUGUCCGGUUAUCGGCCCACACGUUACCAAGCAGUCAUUUCAACGGGCCUUUACAAAGGUCUACCAGUAUUUUAAGAAACCCGUCGAAAACUUAUAGUCAUAGGAAUGUUUUGCCAGAAGCUAUUGAUGACGUAAUAAGGAGACACAGUUCAAGGUCAAUAGGGUCCCGCAGCCGUAUCCCUGCAUUCACUGAUGCUCCAUUGGAACCGUUGGUUCCAAGCAGGCUCAGUCAGGUACACAUGCAGCAAUUAGAAGAUGGUGAAGAUGAUGGGGAUGAUGGAGAGGGCAGCGAGUCCGGGGAAUCAGAACUGAAACCACAGCUUGCCAGCAUAUUUCAAUCCAGCACUGUGUGCAAGGACAACAAGAAUGUGGUGGCAGUCCAGACGGGACAGUGUACACAGUGUAAUCUCAAUUACCGCAAAGCAGGUUACAACAAGGGUUGUGGAACGGGAUGUGUGAUCAUACCUGUCUUACAGAGAGAGGUGUUCCCAAGUGCUCGUGUCGCAGUGGUUAUAUGCUUGAUACGAAUGAGUACUCUUGUAGAGAUGUCGAUGACUGCGUUGGUGUGGUUUGUCAACAUGGCGGGCGAUGCGAUGAUAAUGUGA